AUGAAGUCAAAACAAGAACAACCGCAGUCUUUCAUGGCUGCGCACGAUGAGAAUGCAUCUUCCAAUGGUGUGACCACAAGUCAUGAGGAAGCCUCGCGAAAAGGCUGGAUCGUGGGAGGGAAAUACCGCUCAAAUCUAGGCGAGGAGGACUCACAAGACUUCGACAGUCAAUUGUUGCAAGAGGUGGACAUUGACCUUCCCUUGACCGUGACCAAUCCGGUGGAACACAAUGGCCAACACUUCAUCGUACUGGAAUUCGCGGACGGUGACAAGGAGAAUCCCUUCAAUUGGAGUCAAAAGAGAAAGGCUUUCAUUAGUCUUUUGCUUUGCAUGAUGACUCUUUUCAUCGGUCUUGCCACGACAGCAUACAGCUCGGGUAUCACUCGCAUGACCGAUGAUUUCGGAGUUUCGUCUGAGCUGGGACAGCUGGGUCUGUUCACGUUCAACUUUACCUGCGCUCUUGCACCGCUCUUUCUGGCGCCCUUCUGUGAGUUGGCUGGACGUAGAGUGAUCUACGUUGGCGCUUACGUCUGCUUCGCCAUCAUGUUCAUCGGCCUGUCGCUGGGCAAAAACAUCGCCACUAUCCUGGUUUGCCGUGCCUUACUUGGUCUCUUUGGCUGUGUUGGUACUAUUCUUGUGGGUGGUACCUUUGGAGACAUGUAUACUCCGGCUCACCGUGCGAUCCCUAUGGCCUCUUUCGCCUUUGUUGCCAUCUUCGGUACAGUGGCUGCGCCCAUCUACGCUGGUUUCAUUGACCAAGCCCUCGGCUGGCGGUGGAUUGAGGGUAUCCAGGGUUUGGCCAACAUUCCCUUGGUCAUCAUCAUCGCCGUCUUCCUCCCUGAAACCCGAGGUGGUGUCACGCUCACCAAGCGGGCCAAGGCGAUCCGCCAAUCUACCGGUGACGAGCGAUACGUGACUCAAAACGAUCUUGAAGCCCCCGGUAUCAAGGAGAUGCUCCACAGUUCCUCCGUGAAGGCGAUUCAGAUGCUCUUUUCUGAGCCUGUCGUCUUUGCGUUUGGUCUUUGGAUCAGUUUCGCUUGGUUCCUGACUUUCCUUUUCCUCUCCGCUAUCCCCAUCACCUACCAGGAGAAGCGCGGCUGGGGUGAAGGUGUUUCGGGUCUGCCUUAUAUUGCGCUUUGCGUUGGCACAACUAUUGGCUUUGGUCUGAACUUCUUCCAAAUUCGCAAGUACGAGUCGAUUGUAGCCGACCCCAACAAGCAGGCCCAGCCUGAAGCCCGACUCUACGGCGCCCUGUGCGGUGCCGUGUGGCUCCCCGUUGGCCUCUUCAUCUACAGCUUCACCCAGUACAAGGACCUGUUCUGGUUCGGUCCCAUUGUGGGUCUCAUCCUGAUCGCCAUCGGCAUCUUCUUCAUCUUCGAGUCCUGCUACAGCUAUACCUCUGACUGCUACGGCGAGAACUCGUCAUCCGCCAUUGCCGGUCAAGGUUUCAUGCGUAACACCCUCGGCGCCGUCUCGCCCCUGUUCGCCUCACAAUUCUUCCACAACUUGGGGAGUCAAUAUGCCGGUCUUCUUCUGGCUCUCAUCGCCACCCUCUUGACCUUCAUUCCGUUCAUUCUUUUCAAGUUUGGACCUGCCCUGCGAGCACGGUCUAAGCUGGCCAGCUCCACUGUCAGCAAGGGGACUGGAAGUCUUUGA